AACUCAUUCUCCAUCAGAUAUUGUGUUCCUUAACUCCACGGUGUAGAUCCGAGGAGUUUUUGGAAAAAAGAAAAAAAAAAGUUGCAGUCUUUACAAACCCUAAUUUCCAUUUUUGUCAAAUCUUUUAGAUCUCUCUUUAACAUACUUCAAAUCAUUAUCAGUCAUGGCAGGAUCAGCACCAGAGGGUUCUCAGUUUGAUGCUCGUCAAUUCGAUGCGAAAAUGUCAGAGCUGAUUGGUACUGAACAACAGGAAUUCUUCACAUCAUACGAUGAGGUUUACGAGAGUUUCGAUGCCAUGGGUUUGCAAGAAAACCUUCUGAGGGGCAUCUAUGCCUAUGGUUUUGAGAAGCCAUCUGCUAUUCAGCAAAGGGGCAUUGUUCCCUUUACCAAGGGCCUUGACGUUAUCCAGCAGGCACAAUCUGGAACUGGAAAGACGGCAACUUUCUGCUCUGGAAUACUCCAGCAGCUUGAUUACAGUUUAGUUGAAUGUCAGGCUCUGGUUCUUGCACCAACUCGUGAGCUAGCACAGCAGAUUGAGAAGGUUAUGCGAGCACUUGGUGACUAUCUGGGUGUGAAGGUUCAUGCUUGUGUUGGGGGUACCAGUGUCCGUGAGGAUCAGCGUAUUCUUCAGAGCGGUGUUCAUGUCGUGGUUGGUACUCCAGGGCGUGUCUUUGACAUGUUGCGUAGGCAGUCUCUUCGCCCCGACCACAUCAAGAUGUUUGUUCUGGAUGAAGCUGAUGAAAUGCUCUCUAGAGGUUUCAAGGAUCAGAUUUAUGAUAUAUUCCAACUUUUGCCACCAAAAAUCCAAGUGGGUGUUUUCUCUGCAACUAUGCCACCAGAGGCCCUUGAGAUUACUAGAAAAUUCAUGAACAAGCCCGUGAGGAUUCUUGUCAAGCGUGAUGAGCUAACUCUUGAAGGUAUCAAGCAAUUUUAUGUCAAUGUUGAAAAGGAAGAGUGGAAGCUUGAAACACUUUGUGAUCUUUACGAGACCUUGGCCAUCACCCAGAGUGUCAUCUUUGUUAACACUAGGCGAAAGGUUGAUUGGCUCACCGAUAAGAUGCGCGGUCGUGAUCACACCGUAUCUGCAACUCAUGGAGACAUGGAUCAGAACACAAGAGAUAUCAUUAUGAGGGAGUUCCGAUCUGGCUCAUCUCGUGUGCUUAUCACAACCGAUCUCCUCGCUCGUGGUAUUGAUGUCCAGCAAGUCUCCCUUGUUAUUAACUACGAUCUGCCAACUCAACCAGAAAACUACCUGCAUCGUAUUGGUCGUAGUGGACGAUUUGGAAGGAAGGGUGUUGCUAUCAACUUUGUCACCAAGGAUGACGAAAGGAUGCUUUUUGACAUACAAAAGUUUUAUAAUGUCGUAGUUGAGGAGCUCCCAGCCAAUGUUGCUGAUCUCCUUUGAUGCGAUUUUUGGGUCUGCGAGGGGAAUUUUGUUCCCUACAUGAAGUAGUUUAAUAUAUUUAUUCUUAGGUUUAGUUUCAGUUUGUACUGGACUUGGAGUUGGGAAAUGCUGGUCCCAUGAUUUGCCAUAGCACCAGUUACUUUCCCAAUUCAGUUGAACUUCAGAGUCAACUAUUGCAAAUUUUGUUUGGUUUGUUAUUUUGUAUUUUAAGUGUCCAAAUAACUUCGGAUUUGGUUGUUGGAAUUGUUAAAUUGAGCUAUUUUUCUAUGGAAGGUAAGGCUUUUAGUUGGA